AUGGGUCGUUUAGGGUACUACGGAAGCUCUCACUUUUGGGGUCCCAUUGCUAAUUGGGGAUUUGUUUUGGCUGGGAUUAGUGAUUUAAAAAAGAAUCCGGAUAAUAUUAGCAAAAAUAUGUCAGGAGUUCUAUGUUUUUACAGCAUGCUAUUUAUGAGAUUCUCGAUCAUGGUAAAGCCCAGAAACUAUUUACUUUUUGCUUGUCAUUUUUGCAACUCAACUAUUCAAGCCACGCAACUUAUACGAAUUUACAAUCAUAAACCACAAAAUUAA